CACGAAAAUUCGAUACUCUAAUUAUACGUACUCUGUAACUAGACCAAUCAAUAUAGGAAAAGAUAGUCUUGAUAGAGCGAGGAUCCGUGAAUGACAGUCAUUUUAUACUAGCUCACUGGCUACUAUUUUAUACUAGUUACGAUUAAGAAUUUAUCGAGGCAGUGUCGUCUGUAUCUUUAGCAAAUUUCAACACAAUGGGAAGAAUUCGGAUUUUUGUUUUAGCAGUAUGUUUUCUGAUUUUCAUUCCUUACAUACAUAUAGGUGUGAUUCAUUUGAAGAUAUGGGCUAGAGACAAAACACCAGUAAAUGAGACAAAAUGUCGUUGCUCUUGUUUCGAUACAGUUUUAAGAGGUUCGUAUGAAAAUCCAGGUGAAAACGUGAAAUAUAAAAGCGUAUAUGUUAAUGCGACACGAGAAACCUUCAUGAUAUGGACAGUUACUGUGUUAUUUAUGUUAGCGUUUUAUGAAAGUGUUCAAUAUUUAUGUAGAGUGUUCAUUAGUGGAAAAACGCGUAUUCCCAUGUUUUUGCUAUUUCUGGCUAAUUUUUACCCACAAUACUACUCGUGGUUUUCAUUGUUUAAUUACUUUAACGAACGUUUUUAUUCUCUCUUCUUCAACCAUACCUUCUUUAUCUUAACUGAACUCAUCGUCAGUGCUGUGGUACUGAACUUGUUUAAUGCUGAAAACCAUCUUACUUCAAGAAAAAUCUUAACACUUGUCACCAUCAGCUCUAUACAUAUCAUGGUGAACGCAACAGAUCAGUUUAUUGAUCAAGUUAUUUACGGACAUGGUAAACUUUUCCAGAAUGCCAGGAACUUAGGUUUGAUGAUUCCAGACAUAUUACAUUUAGUAAUUUCGUUAUUUGUUUUCCGGAAGCAUGUCAGCAGGAAUGGUAAAAAAAUGAGUGAAGUGUUCUCUACUAAAGACAUUUUAAUGUGUGUCUCACUAGUAGUUUUUGGAACUAUCUUUGGAAUUAUGCUAUAAUAAAAAGUAAAUUAUAAGAUUUUGUUGACAGUCUUUAGAUUUUCUGUGUCUGCGUGAAAUAUAUGCUCACUUACAGUGGCGUAUUU